CCGCUGUUUCCCUCCCAGAAAAGGAUUCUUGUUUCUCUUCCUUUCUUCCUUUUUUUGCUAUGUAACGGAUAACGUCCUUACCACCUUAUCAUCAUUCAUUCAUCGUCAUCAUAUUGCCCACCCAAUUAUCCGUUUCUCUAUUCCCAAAGCCCUUCUAAUUUGAUCAUCUUUUCCCUUUUCGUUAUUUCAAUCGUUGAUUUGCUUAAUGGACUGUACCCUCUUCUCCCGCACCACCUCGUCCUCUGCUCUUAAUUGUUCAACUUUCACGGCGAAGAACGCCAAGCCGCCGUUCCGGUUGGCUUUUCAGAAUUGGCUGGCCCGGGGUUCGGUUCCCGGCUUGCGGAAGCGAUUGGUUCUGGUUGCCAGUGGUAGGAAUAGUAGCAAUCAGUGUGAAUUUAGCGGAUUGACCGCCCCGUUGGAGCCGACAACGCCGCCGGGGAGGCUAUUGAGCACGGUGUUUCAGAAUGAUCGGGAGUAUUUUCCGAUAGCCGUGGAGAAGCAGCUGAUGCAAUUGGGUUACGACCGGGAUGAAGCCGUUGCGAGGAUGAAUUUGAGCUUGGGUUCUGAUGAAGCAUGCCUCCACAGGAGAAUUGCUGAUUUGAGAGAGAUGGACUGCCAAACAGGAGUUGAAGAUGUGAUGUACAUGCUAAUACUGUACAAGUUCUCUGAGAUAAAGGUUCAUUUGGUUCCCCGACUAUCCAAAUGCAUUUAUAAAGGAAGGCUAGAAAUAUGGCCUUCAAGGGACUGGCAAUUGGAGUCAAUACACAGCUCGGAAGUUCUUGAUAUGGUAAAAGACCAUCUUGUCACCGUCAUUGGUUGGAGACCAGACUCAAGUGUCACGGAAAACUGGGCCCCAACCAAAGUCGGUCGGAUCCACCUAAGCAAAGUCUAUGCCGAGUCUAUUCUUUACGGUUAUUUUCUCAAAUCUGUUUCACUGAGACACCAUCUUGAACAAACCCUUCUUGAAGGCUAUUCAUUAUCGAGCAAAAGACCACUAUGUCCUUCGGGUCAGGGGAGUGGUUUGCAAAUGUCAUUAGUUCACGAGGUGAAGCCCGAAACAACAUUGAAGUCUUAUGUGAUGAGGAGGUUUGAUAGAGAAACCGUACAAAUGUAUGGUAAGCCAAAAUCUAAGGCUGCAAUCAACCUGAUGGAGAGGCAUACAAAUGCAUUGUUUGGGGUUGUGGAUAGGGAUGAUGAAAUUUCAACUUCAUUGGCUAGUCUUAAAAGGAUUGUGUUAGAGGCUGUUGCUUUUGGCUCUUUCCUUUGGGAAACCGAAGAAUACACCAACACUAAAUAUAACCACGAGGCCUACUAAGUUUGUGGUGUGUGAUGUUUUCUCAUAUGUAUGUAAUAUAGUUUUAGGGGCUGUUUACUUAAUGGGUUUAAUGGAGAUGGUGACUUAAUGAUUCAUAUAUUAAGUUGUCUUUACCUACAAUUUAUUAAGAAAGAUGAUUUAUUCGCUCAGAUUAAAAUUUGCACCCC